GGCUAUGAUCAGGUAUAAAAACAAGGGUUAAACAACGUAGGAGAGCAGCAGCAUUAAGGAAGGGUAGCAUAUCACCAACAACCAUGGCGAUGUCUGACAUGAGCAGGGGCAGGAUCAUCUUCUAUGAGGACAAGAACUUUCAGGGUCGUUCUUAUGAGAGCAGUGGUGACUGUGCCGACCUUUCCUCCUACCUAAGCAGGUGCCACUCCUUCAGGGUUGAGUAUGGAUUCUUUAUGAUCUACGACCGUCCCAACUUCAUGGGAAACCAGUAUUUCGUCAGAAGGGGAGAAUUUGGUGACCAUAUGAGCAUGAUGGGCAUGAGUGGUGGAAUUAGGUCUUGCUGUCAAAUCCCCCUGUACAGGGGGUCCUACAGAAUGAGGAUCUAUGAGAGGGAGAACUUCGGUGGUCAGAUGUAUGAGAUGAUGGAUGACUGUGAAGACAUCAUGGAUCGCUACCGCAUGUCCGACUGCAUGUCCUGCCACGUGAUGGACGGUCACUGGAUGAUGUACGAGCAGCCCUACUUCAGAGGAAGGAUGAUGUACAUGAGGCCUGGACAGUACAGGAGCUUCAGGGAGAUGGGAUAUAGAGGCAUGAGGUUCAGGAGCAUGAGAAGGAUCAUGGACAUGAUCUAAACAUGUUUAAAAAAAAAGAAACAAAUAAAGCAUGUGUCAAUAACUAA